AUGAAGCUAAUAAGAGUUAUGGUUGAAGCAAGAUACAAAGACACACAGGCUGACAUCAAGGGCAUAAAAGAAUGCAUUGCAAAGUUAACUAGUACUACCCCUACACCUGUGUUUGAAAAGAACGAUGAAGAUGAUGCUGAAAAGAGGGAAAAGGAUUCCAUGAAAAACUUUGGCAAACCAACACCAAGGAAUCAGCCAAAACAAAAUCCAAAGCCUGCCAAGCAAACUUCUGCAAAAUCUCCUAGAAAAUCUGAUACUGAUAAGAAGAUUGAACGAAAACAGAAGAGGAAGCAUACAAAAGAGGAAGAUGAAGUGCUUAACAUUCGAACUUCAAAUAGUAGAAAAUCACAGAUAGAUAACGAAUCACCACCAGAAAAACCAACCACUGCUGCGAAACUCAAAACCACUGCUGAACCUAAGAAGUCAGAUUCUAAUACACCUAAAACAAAACUCUCACCAGAAAAACCACCUGCUAAAAAGCAGAAUACAAAAUCCUCAUCACCAUUGUCAACCUCGACUUAA